UGUUAAGGUUCAGUCACUGGACUAAAGGCAUCCUAAAAGUCCAAGACAGUGUGAUUCUUUGUGGCAUUUAAUCUACAUUUAAAUUACAUUAACAUGUAAAUUAUAUUUUCAUGUACAUUUUUUGUGUAAUCUCUACCAUAUUGUGAAAAAACCUACUUCACAAUUAGCGUCCCAAGUCCCAACAUGAAGAACAGCUCAAGUGCAAAAGCUCCUUCAAAAUAACUCAUAAUAUAUUCUGCUAAAUUUAGACGCUGUCAGAACAGGAUUUCUGCAAAAAAUAGACUUUAAAAAAUGUACAAAAAAAAGUAUAGACCUCUAGUGAAAACUUCAUUUCCAUACUUUUUUCAGACAGUCAAAUGAGGACACAAUUUGCAAGUCAGGUUUUAAGCUGCAGCCAUUCACAUGCAAAUACUGGAGGAAAACAAGAAGCAGUCUGUGGCUCUCAGUUCCAAUAGGCUACAAUCUGGACUUCUGCCAGUGUGGGCCACCCCUUGUUUUCCUAGAAAUUACUGCAUAAUUACAAAUCAAGUUAAGUUUUAUCCUCGCUGAGAUUAGAAAAGGGAAUGACUAGGCAGAAAUAACCCUGCGGCUCCACCCUGACUAACCUAAACUAACUGCUGAGAGUGAAUGAGCAGCAGGUUCCUCCUGUCAACAAUCGUUGCCAUAAUGAAGACAUUUUUCCCUCCAUGGCAGCAGUAGCCUUGGAGCUGCUUUCAUUCACUGACCGAGGAGAAGGUCUCAGGCACACGGAGGAGGGCCACGGCUGAGCGCGGGACAUAAAUUCAGGUCAGACGUUGCUAUCUCAAGUGAAAUGUAAAACUUGAGUCAGGAAGCAGGUGAAGCGUGAACCACAGGCGGGUUGUGAUAACGCCCGGCCAGCGGGGAGCCACCAGCCGCUUCUGUUCUCCCACUUGGCCGCUAUUAAGUCAACGCUCAAGUUUCCACGCGGCGCAGAAAAGAGCUGCACUUCUCACUUUCACUUCAUGGCUCAGCGCUCCGCUCAUCCUGUCGUCCCCAUCGCGCUGCUGCUGUUUGGACUCGCUGCAAUCCUGCUCCUGACGAUCCGCACCGAGGACGUCCAGGAGAGGCCGGGGUUCAUGUACGGGAUUGUCCUGGAUGCUGGAUCUUCGCACACAGCUUUGUAUAUAUACAAGUGGCCAGCAGACAAGCAGAACGGCACCGGGGUGGUCACCCAGCACAGAGAGUGUCAUGUGAAGGGCGGAGGGAUCUCCAGCUAUGCAGGGCAACAGGGAGCAGCGGGCCAGAGCUUAGAGGCAUGUCUGGAACAGGCGGUAAAGGACAUCCCCAAAGAAAAACACCAUGUCACACCUGUGUACCUGGGAGCCACAGCUGGCAUGAGGCUUCUACAUUUGUUCAGCGAGGAGCAGUCGAAUCAGAUCCUCCAGGAAGUGGGCCGUAAAAUCCAGUCCUACCCCUUCAGCUUCCAGGGAGCGGCCAUACUGAGUGGUCGGGAGGAGGGGGCGUACGGCUGGGUUACCGUCAACUAUCUCUUGGAGAACUUCAUUAAGUACGGUUUCGUGGGGCACUGGUUCAGCCCCGGCAGACCCACAGUGGGAGCGCUGGAUUUCGGCGGGGCGUCCACACAGAUAACGUUCGCGACUCAGGAGGAAGUGGAGGACAAACAAGACAUGAUGAAGCUGCGUCUUUAUGGCCAGGAGUACUCUCUGUACACACACAGCUUCCUGUGCUACGGGCAGGACCAGGUCCUCAAGAGACUGCUGGCUCACAUAGCGCAGUCUCAGGGUUAUCCGGGGUCAGUGGAUCACCCCUGCUAUCCCGCAGGCCACAGCCGAACUUUAAAGUUCAGCAGUAUAUUCAACUCUCCGUGUACAGCGAAGUACAAACCCGGCUCCUACGACCCCCGGGCGUCUCUGACAGUACAGGGCGGCGGACAUUACGAGCACUGUCUGGGCAACGUGUCCGAGAUCUUCUCCUUUGACAGCUGUCCCUUCUCCCAGUGCUCCUUCGACAAAGUCUUUCAGCCAAAUGUCAGCGGCAGCUACAUGGCGUUCUCUGCAUUCUUCUACAUUCACUCCUUCCUGCAGCAUAUCACUAAUAUCACUGUGAGCACGCCCUCACAGCUGGAGGAGGCCGCCAGAGCUGUGUGCAGAAUGAGUUUCAGUGAGAUGUUGCUUGUUGCUCCAGAGCAAAAGGUUCGUUUGCAGGACUACUGUGCCUCCUCUGUGUUUGUCAAGGUUCUCAUGUUGAGAGGAUACGGCUUCGAUGAAACAUCCUUCUCGCGCAUUUCCUUCCAGAAGAAGGCGGGGGACGCCUCGGUGGGCUGGGCUCUGGGCUACAUGCUGAGUUUGAGCAACUUGCUGCCCGCAGAGACCGUGGGGCUGAGGAAGGCUUUGACCCCGGGCGCCUGGGGAACGCUCAUCUUUCUCUUUGUCCUUCUCCUCACUACAGUCCUGGUCUUCAUCUUAUUCCGCACUUGUGGUGGGAAGAAGAAAGGAAGCAGUGAAAGCACCAUCUAGAUAUCACAACAGCAUACAGUAGUCAGAAAAGAAGCAGAGUUAUGCAUUUUUGUUUGUUUUUGGCUCUGUGCUCCGACACAUUGGCUCUGAGAUGAAACUAUGAGAGCUGAAUUUGUGCUCUAAUUUAAGGGUGUUCACAUUAUAGAGGAUAAACAGUGUAGGACCUGUAGCUCUUUUUAUACAUUGUCCCCCAAUUUUAGGUUAAUGCAGCAGACCAAUCAUCCUCAUAGAAGCUGCACUGUAUGUUCACUCACUGCAAAUAUAAUAUAUGCAAUAUAAUGACUUCCUCAAAUUAAAGCUGAAGGUCAGCACUUUAACGUCAAGCUAUUUUUUCAUUUCAAAUCCAAACUGCUGGAGUACUGAGCCAACACGAUGAAAAACGUGACCAAAUAUUGUCUGACUGCCCUGUAGGUUGAAGAACGUAGCACUCCUCUGGUCGCUUUGGCCAUACAGGGGAGGUCUUUUCAUUUUUAUUAAGAAGUCAAACCAAUGUUUGGUUGUAUUUGGUUGUAUUUUUCAUUUUUCAUUCAUUUCAUUGUUGUUUUUGUAGAAAGAGUGACUGUAGUCUGAAGCACUGUUACUGUGAACUAAAGCGCACUGUGGAGAGAACUUUCAGUUUAGUAUAAGGAAUAACUAUUUCUAAAAAAGUUUUUGUAUACAAAGAUAUUUUUCAGGUUCCAGUUUUUAUUCACAUUUAAAUCUGCCAAGCUUUGUGUGACAAGUUUAACAGAAAAUAAUAAAUAGCCUACAAAUGUGGUGAACAGCAGGUGUUUGCAUAUUAUAAACAUUUGUCGACAGAAACAAA